AUAUAUGCUCGAAGCUAUACACUCACAAUUGUUGUCUAUUUAAUUGUUUGUGGUGUGUGCACCUUGGUGCUUGGUCGUUUCCUAACCACUCGACAGUACUCGAGACGAUAAACAACGAGUAUGCACGGUUUAGCUGCGAAAACAGCUGUAUUGCAAUGACUUCAAGCGUCGUAACGACAGCGUACUGUGCAGCCUAUUGACAUAUGAGUUUAGUGCAGUUGCAAUUACGCCUAGCCUAACAUGGUGUUUGCAGCGGAUUCCUUAUAAUUAACUUAUGGCUCGGCGUGUACAGCUCGCGACUGCAUAACGAGGUGUUGAUAAUGAUUUGACGACUUGACGACAAUGAAUGAUGUUCUGCUUUUUUCAUCAUAUAUAUCAGUGAUGGUGGUGAUGAUGACGAGUGCUUUCUCAGUUACAAUAUUGCGAUGAUACUGCGGUACCUAUGCAGAAAGUGAUUUUACAGUCGCCUAGCCAUCGUUGCAUAUUAUACAAGAUUUAUUAUAUAAGUCAUUUUUGUGAACAUGGCUCGAAUGUUGCUAUAAAUAGUGACCUAUGAAUGCUGCUAGUGAAGCCUUCUCCCUUGGUGUCGAUAUACACAUAUAAGAUGUGUGGGUGAAAUUGGUCGCGUUUUCGUUGUCAAGGCUUGAGUGUCUAAACUGUUGAUAAUUCGGCUUGGAAAAUAUUGUCGCAUCGCUAAGUGAUGGUAUUUGAAUAUGUGUGCAUGCAUUUUCUACAUUAUCUUGAAUGAUUUACGCACUUUUUAAAUAAUUACACGAAAAGUUGGGCGAUGUUUUUUUUCUUUUUUUUUUCUUUUUAUUUAAAUGUAUGUAGUGCUUGCUCGAUUGAUGGCUUUGAUCAUAACGUAAGCUCGGGCAACGGGAUUUCGUUGGUUAGUUAGUAACGGCAUCAGCGCUGAAAGCAUUGCAUCUAGGGGCUUGAAGUUCUUGUUUCAGCUGGUGAAAAAAUGCCAGCCCCUGGUUAACCGCGCCGAGACAAUAGUACAAUCGUAUUUAUGUAUUUAUUAUCGUCAUAUUGCCGGAAGCGAUCACUUGAGCACAUCAGAAUUUUUUCCAUGAUAGACGGUGAGCCUCGAUUCAACGAAGCUCUAUUGGAUUACGUACAGAACGGAAGUAUCAGGGUGCUCGAGUCAUUUUUCCGAAACGAGCAUCCCGACGCGAGCGAUUCAUCGGGAAAAACGCUGCUGCACUACGCGGCCAAGUCGAACAACGUCUCGAUGACGCAGCACCUCAUAGACAGUAACUACGAGGUGGACGCCAGGGAUCAUUACGGCAACAGCCCGCUGAUGUUGGCAGUGCAGAGCGACAGCGUCGACACGGCGAGGCUGCUGAUCAGAUACAACGCCAGCGUGUACUUUCGCGACGCGAGGGGCAGAAGCAUUCUGCCGCACAGAGCGAAGUAUAAAUUUCGGAAAAACAUACUGCUGGACGUGAGCGAGUCCGAAUUGCUGAACAAGUAUCGCGAGCUCGUCAAGAUAAUCUUGGAGAGGGUAAGGAGAGAUUGUUGGCACAACGAGCAGCUGCUCAUCUCAAGACUGACCGAGAUUAAUUGCUCACUCGUUAAGGCAAUCUAUCUCGGAGAUGCCAAUGUAACAAGACUGAUGCUGGAGUACGGCCGGUCGGUCGACGAGCGCGAGCUCGAGACUAACGAGACGGCGUUGCACGAGGCCGUGAAACUGGGCGAUUUCCAAAACGUGAAGGUACUCUUGGAGUACGGUGCGGACGUGGGCGCUCAGAACGAGGACGGACUGUCGCCCAUUUACCUGUACAACCAACUCUCCAAGGACACCGAUCAAAAGAUCAAGAUCUUGAGGACGUUGAUAGAGCACGGCGCUUUGCUCGCGCCAACGCCGGAAAAGUGCAUGACGCCGUCGCAGUUCAUAUUGCAGAACGGCAAGCUCUGGGCAAUCAACACCCUAAUGCAAUACGACUUCGAAUGGGACCCGCAUUGCUCGCUGCUCGCUUUGGUUUCCAACAACGACCCUGACGCUCUAGAGGCAGUGCGCGGCAGUGGCCUCGAGUUGAACGCGACGGCCAACCCAAUCAAGAUGCCGGUACUCUCGUUCGCAGCCACCUUUGGCCCCCUCAAAAAAGUGCAAUUUCUGUUGGAAUCCGGUGCCGAUCCAAACGUCGUGAGCGAAGAUGGACAGACGCCCUUGACCUCUGCGUUCAGCUACACCUUCGGCCAGAGAAAAGAGCACUUGCCAAUCGUCUGCCUGAUGUUGCAGCACGGCGCCGAUGCCCAGUACAGUUUCCAGGAUGGCCGGACCGUUUUCGACGUAGCCGCGCAGCAGUGCCAUGAAAAUCUGCUCGAGCCCGUGAUCGCGCAUCUGGCAAUGAGAGAAAGCCUCGGCGAAGCUAUUACCGACGCCAUUCGUAGCAAGAUUUAUUCUCGGGAUACUUUCAAGGCGCAGUUCGAAAGAUGCGAGCAGCAGAUCCGAAUGUUGAAGAACACGAGCGUGCACGAAACCGUUACGAUGUAUAAACUUCUGACUGAGAGCCAAUCAAAAAUCACGAGAUAUGCGCGUAAUAAAGAAUUUGCUCCAAGGUUUAGAAAGCAGUUGAAAAAUCUCACUUUGGAGCCUUAUUAUUCAAUAUGUUUACGAAAGCGAGUUGGCAAGGCAAUUCAUCUAGCGCAGCUAAAUGAACAAGCGGUCAUUGUGAUGAAUAAGCUUUUUAGAUAUCGUAUUAAAAAUUAUCACGAAAUUCUGAGUGAAAUUGUUGACUAUUUUAACUGUGAUCAAUUAAAGACUGUCUGUAGCGUUUACAGCCUUCAAGAAUCGGAACCCUUCCAUUUAGAUAAUCUUUUUGUACAAUUUUAAUAAAUUUUCAUACCAUUUUAUAAUCGUAAUGCUUCUGCUACUGUUUUCCUUCAACCCAAAAAGCUACAAUUUCGUGCAAAUUAUUGCUUUCUGCGGCUGACAAAUUGACAAUAAAGUUAGUGCCUAACUAAUAACAUUGGCAAUAAACGUUAGUGUGCGGUUAAUACUAUUCUAUUAACUUUCGAAUAAGCAAUUGCAUGUAUACAAUUCAUGUUUUUUUCCCAAUUCAUUAUUCGUAGGUUAACUUAACUGUUGUGUAUUAAUAAUGACAAUAAAUCGAAUGCCCAACUUGUAUUUCUAGCGUGUUUUAUAAAAUCUUCAAAAAAUAUUAGAAUAAAGGAUUCUGUGCGAAUUUCAUGUUUAUUUAUCUAAUUGAACAAUUGUAAGUGGGCUGUGAUGUUUAAAUACAAUUGUCAAACUGCCACACUUUUUUCAAAUAAAAAUAUUUUAUUGAUUGUUAAUAUUCACGAUAAACUAAGUCUCUGAUAAUAUUUGUAACGUAUUAUGUAAACUUUUAUAUGGCUAAUAUAAAUAGAAUAGCCUGAACAAUAAAAAUGUGUUUGAAAAGUGCUACUGCAACACACAGAAUAAUGUUACCAAAACGUCUUUGGAAUUCUAAUUAUUAUUUUUCAUUUUGUUAGGCAGCCUUUGUGCCAUUUCCUCAAUGUUAAAAAAAAUAUGUUAAAGUAAAGCCAAAUCCUGACAAACAUCGCGUAGUUAAUGUUUUGUUUACAUUUCUCUCGAAAGGUGAGCAUCGUACAGUCAAAGUGCGCCAACCAAGUCGGCCAAAUUCACAUGGAUACACAGAACCUCGAAAUCGCAAACAGCAAGGUGACGCGUCGAGGAUCGCGGCAGGCGAUACUAUGAAUAGGUGCAGCGCCAACGAGAGCCGCGCGACUCUCCCGGCAAAGGUGAGUGGGCCGAAUGCC